AGGCCAAUGGAACGCUUUGAAUUCAGUCGCUGCUGAGUAUUCAACUGAUUCAAAUCGUAUUCAAUUUUUUUAGGCAACAACAACAACAGCUAUAGCAAACUUUUAAACCUUGCAACAAUGGAGAUACUGAAAAGUGACGUCGAUUCCGGCGUAUCUGAAAUUGCCAAGUAUUAUGCCGGAAAGACAAUACUCAUCACGGGCGCCACAGGCUUCAUGGGCAAAGUUUUGGUUGAGAAACUCUUACGCAGUUGCUCCGACCUUAAAUCCAUCUAUCUGUUGAUUCGCACUAAAAGAGGCGUGGAGCCCACUGUGCGCAAGGAGCAAUAUUUCAAAUGUGUCAUUUUUAGCAAACUGUUGGAGAAGAAUCCCGAGAUUCUACAAAAGGUACGCGUUGUAAAGGGCGAUGUGCUUGAGCCGAACCUUGGCCUGAGCUCCAAUGACAUCAACGACCUCGCCUCCACUGUGCAGAUUGUGUUCCACUGUGCGGCGAAUGUGCGCUUUGAUCAACCGCUUCGUCCCAUGGUUAAUAUGAACGUCGUUGGCACACUGAAGCUGCUCCAACUCGCCGAGAAGAUGAACAACUUGGAGGCCCUGGUGCACGUAUCGACGUCCUACUGUCAGUGCAAUGAGAGAGUGCUGGAGGAACGCGCUUAUCCGGCCCCACAGAAUCCAUUUACCAUCAUCGAAAUGGUCGAGACAAUGGAUGACGCGGCUCUAGCGGAAAUUACACCCAAAUUGCUCAAUGGGUUGCCCAACACGUACGCUUACAGCAAGGCGCUGUCUGAAGAUCUAAUUUGCAGAUAUAACAAAAAGCUGCCUAUAAUCAUCACAAGGCCUUCCAUUGUGACGGCUGCCAUUCAUGAGCCGCUGCCAGGAUGGAUUGAAGGUGUUAAUGGACCAACCGGAUUAAUGAUCGGAGCUGCACGUGGUGUCAUACGUUCGAUGCACUGUAAUCCGGAUUACGCCUCCACAGUGAUACCUGUCGAUAAGGCCAUCAAUGGCAUGAUACUCUGUGGCUAUCAGCGUGCCAAGAUCAGUUCCAAUGCAAAGAAUGUGGAUCAGAAUCAAGUCGAGUUCUGUAAUCUGUGCAUCUCGAGUAAAGCUCUUAUGUCCUGGGGUGAAAGUAUUGAGACAGGUCGCAAAUUCUUCUAUGAAACUCCGCUUAGCUUUGCCCUUUGGUAUCCAGGUGGUUCCAUCAAGAGGAACUAUUAUCAUCAUCUAUUUUGCGUCAUAUUCUUUCACUAUCUUCCUGCUUAUUUCAUAGACUUUUGGCUGCUGAUCUUCGGACGAAAGCCCUUUCUGGUGAACGUGCAGCGCAAAAUCUCGACGGGAUUGAAAUUGCUGCAGUAUUAUACGACAAAAGACUGGGACUUUAGGAAUGAAAGAUUUCAGGAGCUGAGCAACACGUUAAAUGAGACGGAUGAACAACUGUUUGACACCUCAGUUAGCCAGGUCAACUGGGAUAUAUAUAUCAGCAAUUACAUACGUGGCAUGCGCACCUAUAUUCUGGGUGAGAGUGAUGAUACCCUGCCUUAUGCUAAGAAAGUACUGCGUCGUCUAUAUAUCCUGGACUGGGUUAGCAAGAUUUUGUUGUACACUCUUACAUUUUGGUUCUUGUGGACGCAUUUGGAUGGAUUUGUGGAGAAGAGUGAUUCAUUUAUCCGAUCAUCACUCUGUAUUAUAUAUAAUGAAAAAAACACAACAGUGCAUACCUAAUUAAUUUGUUAAUUUACAAAUAAAAAAUAUUAAAAUACUUAAA